AUGGUCGCUGCUCAGGAUGGUUCUGAGAAAUCGUCGGGCAUCAUCUCAGGCGUCUUCAACUUCGUGACUCGCGAGAUAGGCUCAUUUGUGACCGCAGCGGCGGGCGGCUCAACAUCAUCUAUUCACCACAACGAAUCCUCGACUACCCAACGAUCUAGAUCCAAGCUACAGCGAAAACAGCGAGCGCACGAUGAGCCCUACAAUGUACGACGCAGAAAAGAGAAACCUCGUCUGAACAAGACAAGCGGAGAGUGUAGGCCUCAGGGCAAUACAGCGUCGCGUCGGCUACAAGAGCCCAUUUCUCCAGAGCCGCGUGAAUUACCUUCUCUUCAGUUUCGCUCUAAGCAACCCCCGCGCAACAUACCAGAACGCCUAACCAUGCCUGGCUCACUCUUUCCGCGCUCUCCUUCGCUGAUGCCAGGUGGUGUCGAAGCUACCCACGCCCAGCAACCAAUCUUUAAAAUCCCUCUUCCUCCGCGCCAAAUUGCCAGUGCAUCAUCUAAAUCCUCUCCCAGGCAACGAUGCAAAAGCCCCCCUCUCGCCGAUGGUGCACAACCUUUAGAGGAUAAUACCCCCAAUAAUCCCUUUCGUUCGCCUUCCGUGCCUUCUGUCAAAGUUGCAGUGAGCAGAUUUCAAACUGACGAUGCCGAUCCCUCUCUGUUAUUACCCAGCCCUCACCAUUCCCCUCAUCGCAUCAGAACUGUUCGCAGCACACCUAGUUCGUCUCCCCCCAAACCCGAAUCGGAUGUCGACGGACCCGAUGGAAACGACACCCCACGGAUUCCUUACAACGCCAAAGGCAAAGGUCGAGCCUAUGACAUCCGCGAAAUUUCCCCUCCCAUGCAAUUAGACGAGCUUCAUGUUCGUAGCAAGGAGGAAGAGCUCCUAGCUGCCAGGGAAAAGCAACGUCGAAACGAAAGCCGUCGAGAAGAGCGAGAAAUGACGCAUCCUCCCGAUCCUGAUCUUGAGGCUGAGCGCCGUCGAGACAAGGAACAGAUAAAGUACCUUGAGGCUGAAAUUAUGCGAUUGAAGGAAGAGCUAUCGAAACGUGCUGAUGGUACGGGGCAGGCAUACAACCACAGCGCACCCCCUCCGCCGCCGCCCCCUCCGCCGCCGCCACCCACCACAGCUCUUCGUAUACCGGUCCACCCAGGUAUCCACGAUCCAGAGGUUCUCUUCGCUUCUGCGCGGGCUGCACUCAAACCCGCCGGUACCCCAGUCGAAGCCCAAAUAAAUCCAGUAGUAUUCGGUGGAAAACGAAAGGGUCAGCCUACUGUCGGCGUGCCUCCUGAGAAAAUGGCUGCGUUUCUUAGCGAAAUGAAGACCGUUAAACUGAGAAGAGUACAUACUGAUUCCUCCCAUCUGUCUGGAUCGACAUCUUCAGCGGCAGCACGCUUGAACAUGUCGUUUGACUCAGCCACCUUAGGUAGCAGGAGCAAUCUCCCAGCAUUACGUUUAUCAUCCUCUGUGACUUCUGGACCUCUGCGCCCACCACCGGGUCUUGCGUGGAAAGUGGGUGAGAAAAGGAAACGGGAUCCUCGUUCUGAGCUACAAGAUAUCCUACGUGCUUCGAAGCGACGAUCCAUGGGGAUACCUACGGAAGAUGCCAUUGAUAACGAAGAACACCACCCUACCGUCCGCAACAAUUCCGCUAGUAUGACACGAUCUUGGCCUUCAGUAUCUACCGAACCUGAGUUGACCACAGCGACACCUUCGCUCUGUUCCGAUGGCCGCGAUGAUGAAGACACCGCAGCCACCAGCCCGGACGAUCAACCCCCCUCCACUCCACCCAUGAAUCACAACACGUCCACCACCCCCGCUGGCGAUCCUUAUAAUCACCCCUCUAUCCCACAUUCUCCUCUCCCUAUAGCUAGUGCGGGACAGCAGGAUCUAGAUUUGGAAUUAGAAUGGGGCGAUUACAGGGCGAAGACUCCUCCAUUAAAUCCAUCUCAGAGGGCCUUUUCGAAGCGGCCACCUAUGUCGCCGUUGCCACAGCCUACUCCCAGGCGGCCAAUGCCACCUAAACUGAAACGGUCCUCCCGUGUUGUCUCAAGAGCCGACGAUGACGUCCAACCGCGAAUUGACCCGCCCUCCACUUACCAUGAGUAUGAUCCAGAUGGCGAUAUUUCCCGCUCACUCGAAGCAGAGCUUCGGAAGGUUAAAUCACGGUCACAGCUUUCCCUCGACGAUCAGGAUGAUGAUGACCCAGAGCUAGUGCUAGAGAGUGGGGUUUAUGUCGGCAUAGGUACGAGCAGUAAGAGGAAGGGAUUUAUGGCGCGUGGUGGUGCUGGCGGACCUCCCGUGCUCAUGGGAGAGGGCUAUGUCGAGGGAGUUGAAUUAUCUGACGAAGAGGAAUAUAGCUCCAGACCUGUCCGCAGGACUUCCUCUCGUUCCCGCCCGCAAUCCCGGCAGGGAUACUCAGCGAUACCGGUACCCACUCAGCGGAAAAUAUGA